AUGGCAUCAGCCGGGUUCGCCGCGACUCAUGAGCAGUACCUCGACGAUAUUGUGGUCAGCGGCUUCCCUGGACAUUACAAGACCAAGCGGGUUCAGCUGGUAGCCGCCAUAGCUGAAGUGAAAGUCAAAUUCGUAGAUGCACGGCGGAGCAAGUUCCCCCAGGUUGCAGUGCAGAAUUAUCCGAUGGCGCGGGUGGUGGAGCAUAGGAGCUCAGCUCAGAAGAAGUGGUUUGUCUUCUCGACGCCGGCGAUCUGUCGGUACAUUGCGAGGCUCCGUAGAGACUGCGAUUUACUGGGAGGGAAUUUUGCGAUGGAGGCCGCGGUGGACUCAGCCGUGGACUUCAUAGCUAGAGAGUUGGAGGUGCCGAUAGCACUACUUAUUUAUCAGGCUAUGGGUGCUGUCUCUCCCAGUACGAGGAUCACCAACAGAGCUGGGCAGGACAUCGAGACGGCACUGAGGGAAAUGGAGCGUUUACUUGGGCAUGAGCACAGUCACGGUUUCCUGGUGCCGGCCACGACGUCCAUUUCACUGGCUGAUAUCUUCGCAAUUACUAUUAUGUCGGAAGGAGCUGCGCAGGGGCUGGUCAGUCUAGGGUUGGCUGAUUUCCCUCGCGUUCGCGCUUGGUGGGAGAGGAUGACCGACUUAUCGAUAAUCCGAAAAUUUGUUUCGAACAAGUCUGAUGGUCUGUGGGCAGCAGCGGGAAGUGAUAACAGGAAGGAAUCUGCUCUCGAGGUUGCGGCUAAAUUCGAGGCUGGGCGGACCUCUGGUACACCCCGAGUGGAACCGCGGGCCAGUAGAGGGUCUGGGAACAAUGAUGGCAGACAGAAUAGCGCUGGUGGAGGGAAGCAUCUUGCAUCUAAAAUCCACAGCGAGGGAAAAGGAUCGAGUGAGGGGAGCCCUAAGGGGAGAGGGAGCUCGGCUGCUGGCUCUGUGAGAGGUACUGCUACCCCAUCUCCUGUGAAACGUGGCUGUUCUAGUACGAAGAAAGAGCUUAAAGUGAAGCCAAGUGGGAUGGCGACUUCCCCGCGUUGCUCGACAUCUGUCAAGAGGCUCUCACCAGCUUCCUCUGUGAAGUACUGGCCCUCACCUAGAUCCACCAGGGCAUCGGUGUUGCGAGAGUCUAGGGCUGCUGCAUUACGGCAGGGCACGUCGGGCACUCCCGAGAAGGGUAGGGCCGACGCUCGGUCGCACGAGGGCAGCUCAUCUAAGCCGAAGUCAGCAGUGUUGGCGACUGGUGCCAGAAAGUCACCUCGACAGCCUCUGAUCGGUGGCAAGGGUGCGGGGAGGAAGUCGCCUGGUGUCGUACAUGGCGGGGGGCUAGGCGUGAGGGGGAAGGUGACCAAGAGCGCCUGUGGCCGUCUUGAAGGCAGUAGGGGUACUUUGGGAGGGCCGGCUUCGGUAGAUGCUGCCUUUCUCUCUCUGCCAGUCGGGGAUGUUGAGCAGAUGACGAGUGGACCCAUGGAUGGGCAGGUGAUCAAGGAAGAGGAGCUUGAUCAUUCCAGCGUGGCCGAGCAGCAGUCGAUUCAGCUGGUGGCUGAGGGUCAGCACUUUGGACGAAAUAGUGACAGGAGGCGGCUGCUACCAGAGGCGGGGGGUCGAUUCGGGGCUCUCUCUUUGAACGUUGGAGGGGGCAGUCCUCCCAUCACGAAAGAAGCAACACGGUCGGCUCCGGCAGCCUUCGCUCGACCAGCUUCUCCAUUACCGAUGGAGCAGGACGGUGUUGGAGGUGCCACGCUAAUUCGCCAUGCAGCUGAUGUUGAUUCCAGCAGGGGGAGUGCUAUUGCUACUGCAGCUUUGCAUGGACCUCAGUCGCCCCUAGGGUCUGUAAGCCUUCGAGAGGAGUACCCUGCAGAGAGGAGAUCGUCUUCUCUGUUGAUGGGGAAUCCUUUAGCGUCGGGCACAUCGUCUCCGUUAUUCCCAUUGCCGAUGACUUGGGGGGCUCUCGGUCAAAAGCCGGGCCAAGGCUUGGAUGAUGCGAUUCCAAAAAGCCUCGUGGCCGUAUCGAGCCAGAGUAUGUUCCCGGUCUCCCCCACGAUUCAGCGGAGGCCGAGCGUUCCCUCUAGUGGGGCUUACAAGCAUGUGCUGAGCUCAACGGUGAUGGGGCUCCCACCUGCCAUGGAGAUGCAGGCACCACUUGACGUGUCUGGGCAGCCAGUUCAUACAGUGCCUCCACUUUGUAUGGAUGCUCAGCAUGCCGGCCGAUGGGGUCGCUAUCAAUUGAUAGCCCAUCUGGACGAGCGGGAGGAUAAACGACCUCAACAGCAACAGCACGACACAGUCCAGAGGACGGGCGCCACGUCGCAAUCCCCAACUGUGCCGACUGCCAUGGAAUUGCUUAUUUUUGUCCCGGAGGCGAAGGUUUACAUGUUGAAGUGUUCGGAUGAAUCUGAUGACGCCUUGGAGUGGCGACAGCUAGAGGCGGGCGGAGGUUUCACGAUCGCGCGCGCCAUUGGUGCCUCGACUAAGCAGCCUCUGUUCGCUGCGAUCCUCGGGGUGGACACCUCAUCCUUCCUCUGGAGUGUUGAGAUUGACACGCAAGUCUCCCCGGAGAGCCAUGGUCAGACAUUCCACUUCAGGUCAGUCGAUGGUUUAGUGCUGGCAGUGUGGUGCCCGAAUUCUGCAAGCACUGAUCGUAUAAAAUUCUGUGUCAUGAGCGCCUUCCUCGACGGCUCUUCACGGUGUACCCAAGCUGGUGACGACUUGGGCAUGGGGCAAUUGCUCGAGGCCCUAAGGAGGACCAAGUCCACCGCUGCCGCCGCCAGCCACCCCUCGUUCACGUUAGGUCGAGGACUCGGAAGGCUGAGGCUGCCAGCACAAGGGGCUCCCAUAGACGGUGACACGCAGAGUCGACAAGAGGAGUCGCCGCCACUGUCUUUUGAGAAGUCGAACUCGAGCUGCUCUCCGACUUCAGGAGGAAGGUCGACUGAUCAUCGCGUUGACGAAAUUUCAAACAAUAUUCAAAGCACGCAUCGAACUGACGAAGAAAUUGAGUCCCAUGGUACUUCAUCGUUCGAGACGGGAGACGAUUACACCACUGAGACACUUCGUUCGGCCCUCCAGGCUGCCCUCAACUCCGACGAAUUCGUCGAGGGGAUUAUAGAUCAGCUCAGGCUGGCAAUUCAGAGUACCGACAGCAGCUCAUCUUCCGGAUAGCUGCUGCAGCGUUCUACCAUCACUGUUAAUGUCAUUGUGUUCAUCAUUGACGGUGUAUGUGCUGGCGAUGAUAACAUUAAUCUUUUGUGAACGCGUAUUCUCUGAAAAGAUCUCGACGAGUGGUUUCAUUCUUCGAUUGUUUUUUUGUCAACGAAUGUAUUCCCUGUCUCCUCCUGUUAUUGUUUACUUUGUGCGUCAUGUGUACGAUUGCGUCAUGGUUGGUAUAGAAAAGGACGCCGGUAGCCCCUGUUGAGUGUAACCCAGCUUUGUUGUGGAGAUGCUUUCCUGUUUUCGGCUGUACUCGUGGCUCCACUCGGAGGUGUUGAUUCGCAUCACUGAAUGAGUCACUCGAAAGCUUUUACAUCAUCAUCAUCAUCAUCAUCAUCAUCAUCAUCAGCUCGCUCCUCCAGCUAUGGAUCCUAUAGGCUUCAGCCCGAUAUGAUUCUCCCAAGCUUGUUGAGAUCGACCCCAUUAUCACUUGAUAUGAUCAAUCCUGCUGUUUAUUUUACUGAAUUUGAUGG